GCCCGUAUUUACCACCCCUACCACCAGCAGCUGCCGAGCCGACGCGAUCCGUUUCACGCGGCAGCUGCUCGCAGCUUGCCUCGCCUCGCCUCAUCGCCAUGGCCGGCGGCGACCGCAGGGGGGAGACGACGGUGGAGGCCGCGAAGGAGAGGGUGGCGGCAGCGGUGGAGGCGGUGGCAUCGGGCGGCUGGGAGUUCCGGAACGCGUACCGGCGCCAGCUGCUGGCGCUGUCCCGCCGGAUUCGGCUCCUUGGGCCCUUCGCCGAGGAGCUCCGGGAGGCGCGUCGGGCGCCCGUGGAUGAGGGGAAGGAGGAGCGGACGCUGGCGCCGCUCGCCGAAGCGCUGGAGAAGGCGCUCGAGCUGCUCCGAUUCGGUCGCGAGGGGAGCAGGAUCUUCUUGGUCUUUGAGAGGGAUAAUGUAAUGAAGAAGUUUCAAGAAGUAAUUGCUCAGCUGGAGCAAGCUUUGUGUGAUUUUCCAUACGAUAAAUUGGAUAUAUCAGAUGAAGUUAGAGAGCAGGUUGAGUUAGUACAUGCACAGCUCAAAAGAGCAAAGGAACGGGUUGAUAUGCCUGAUGAUGAGUUCUACAAUGACCUGUUGUCUCUAUAUAACAAGAGCUACAACCCAAGUGCUGAACCGGCUAUCCUUGAAAGAUUGUCAGAGAAGUUACACCUGAUGACCAUAACCGAUCUCACACAAGAAUCUCUUGCUUUGCAUGAGAUGGUGGCAUCUGGCGGUGGUCAGGACCCAGGAGAACACAUUGAGAAAAUGUCAAUGCUACUGAAGAAGAUCAAGGAUUUCGUGCAAACUCAGAACCCUGAGAUGGGCCCACCAAUAGCUUCUAAGCUAAUGGAUUCCAACGGGGAUCCAAGACCUGUAACCAUUCCUGAUGAGUUUCGGUGUCCAAUUUCUCUUGAGCUGAUGAAAGAUCCUGUUAUUGUUGCUACUGGCCAGACCUAUGAGCGGGCAUGCAUCGAGAAAUGGCUAGCUUCUGGGCAUCACACUUGCCCAACUACACAACAGAGGAUGGCAAACACGACAUUGACACCAAACUACGUUCUUAGAAGUCUUAUCGCCCAGUGGUGUGAAGCCAACAGGAUUGAGCCACCCAAGCGCUUGGCGCAGACUAACAAGCCUAUGUCCGCAUGCUCUUCGAGCGAACGUGCUAACAUCGAUGCUCUUCUGUCCAAGUUAUGCUCCCCAGAUCCUGAGGAGCAGAGGUCAGCUGCUGCAGAGCUUCGCCUCCUAGCAAAGCGGAAUGCAAACAACCGGAUCUGCAUUGCUGAGGCUGGUGCCAUUCCCUUACUAUUGAGUCUACUGUCGUCAUCUGACCUGCGGACUCAAGAACAUGCUGUUACUGCACUUCUGAACCUCUCCAUACAUGAGGAUAAUAAGGCAAGCAUCAUAUCCUGUGGUGCUGUGCCGAGCAUAGUUCAUGUUCUGAAGAAUGGCAGCAUGGAGGCACGGGAGAAUGCUGCAGCCACGCUUUUUAGUCUCUCAGUGAUCGAUGAAUACAAAGUAACAAUUGGGGGAACAGGGGCUAUCCCUGCCCUUGUAGUUUUGUUAAGUGAGGGCAGCCAGCGGGGGAAGAAGGACGCAGCAGCUGCUCUAUUCAACUUGUGCAUUUACCAAGGGAACAAGGGUCGUGCGAUACGAGCUGGUCUUGUGCCGCUCAUCAUGGGGCUGGUGACAAACCCCACGGGAGCUCUCAUGGACGAGGCUAUGGCAAUACUCUCAAUACUGUCCAGCCACCCUGAGGGGAAGGCAGCGAUUGGGGCAGCAGAGCCUGUCCCUGUGCUUGUGGAGAUGAUUGGAAGUGGGUCACCGAGAAAUAGAGAGAAUUCUGCAGCUGUGAUGUUGCAUCUUUGCAGUGGUGAGCAACAGCUUAAGCAUUUGACUCGUGCACAGGAGUGCGGGAUCAUGGUCCCUCUGCGGGAGCUGGCGCUGAAUGGCACAGAAAGAGGAAAGAGGAAGGCAGUGCAGCUGCUCGAGCGAAUGAGCAGAUUCUUGGUUCAGCAACAAGAGGAAAAGGAAGCCCAGCUGCAGGCAUCGGCACAGGCCCUCCCUCAGGCCCCUGAACCAGUCCAAGAGACUGAUAUCCCUGAACAAUUGGACAGUCCUGCACCUCAAUAUCCUACGGUUGCAUGAUGAUGAUAUGUCAUCACCGCAAUACCACCGAAAGGUUGAACGAGUAGUAUCUGAGUCACUUUGCUUCCGGAUCCGUGAUUCGUGCUGACUGAGAGUUUUUACAAGGUUCUACUAUCAACAUGGCCGAACCCUGUCUAUGUUUUCAACAUAGCUGGCCCUAAGCCCAGGUAAAGGAGGAGGUUUGUGAUAGGCUAGGCUUGGCGAGCCAAUGUAAAAACCCGGCCACUAUUAUGGAGAUGAUAGCCUACCCCAACAUGGUUGGAAUUAAAAGGCUUUGUUGUUGUUGUUGUUCUACUAUCGGGUUCGCAAUUCAAAUCAGUGACGAUCCAUCUGCCUCUUCCAUGCAUGUAUGCUGAAGCUCCGGUCACUCUGUCUGUUUCUGGAUAUGUAAAGUAGCCCAGAACGUUGAGAUGUGUACAGUCUACUAAAUAUGCAGCUCCAAAUGUCAUGUAGCCACAUAAUCCAAGGUUUUUCUGUGAUAAUUUAUAUAAAAGAGAAGUUCUAGUGGCGGAUUGAAUCAGUAAA